GGCGCGUGAGGAGGCAAGAGGAGGAGUAGAAACGGAAGGAGCAGCCGCAUCCAGGAAAGGUAGAGAGGGAAGAGAAGGAGGAGGAGAAACGGAACUGCUCCGGUUAAGACCAACAGCGAAACUAAGAGGCUCUACAUUUUUUUACCGGUUACACCUCCAAUCUCUUUCUUCCGGCGGUGGAUGCAAAUCAACUUUGGAAAGAAGGGCUGCGGCAUGAGUUGCACCUGAGGGUACGGCAUCUUCAGCCCGUCCCGGAAAUGAACUGAGCUCACAAAGGAGAGCGCUGGUUGGUCGGUGAAGUUCUGAAGCCUGCAGUGAAACCAUGAGGUCACAACAAAGCUCCGGAUUGGCUGGCAGGCUGACGCUGCUGGUGGUCACCUGUCUCCGUGCUUUUCACACAACCGCAGCCAUCGAUAUUCCUCUUGAGGUUUUAGGUCGUGUAAACAUUGAGCAGCUGCCCACCAUCACAGAUCAGGCUCCCAGCUCCCUCAUCGCCUUUCCUUUCGACGAGAGCUUCGCCAUGACGUGUGAGGCCAAAGGGAAUCCUGAACCAAAAUUCCAGUGGAAAAAAAACGGGGAAGAUUUUGACCCUUAUCUUGAUCCUCGGCUGAUGAAAGAGGAGAAUUCUGGGACUUUUGUGAUCCCCAACAACGGGAACCUCACAGAGUACCAGGGAACCUACCGCUGUUACGCUUCAAACAAACUGGGGACGGCCAUAUCCAAGGAGAUUGAGUUCAUCAUACCCAAUGUUCCAAAAUUCCCUAAAGAGAAGCUGGACCCUGUGGAGGUGGAAGAGGGCCAGCCUUUCAUUCUGAAAUGUGACCCACCCACUGGCAUCCCGCCCCUGCAGAUCUACUGGAUGACUAUCAACCUCCAGCACAUCGAACAGGACGAGCGGGUGUCCACUGGCCUCAACGGAGACCUCUACUUCUCACAUGCGGUGGAGAAAGACAGCCGGAGGGACUACUGCUGCUUCGCCGCCUUCCACAGGAUACGCACCAUCGUUCAGAAGACCGCCAUGUCUGUCAACGUCAAGACAAGAGGUGGCGCCAAUGCAAUCCUGGAGAGGAAACCCUCACUUCUGACGCCCUCUGGUGGCAGUUCAGAGAAUCGGCUGGUCAAAGGAGAGGACUUGGAAUUGGAGUGUAUUCCAGAAGGAAUUCCAACUCCACAGGUGGAGUGGAUAAAAAUUGGCGAUCAACUUCCUGUUAAAGCAAAGCUGGAGAAUCACAGGAAGCUGCUGAUCGUUCCCAGAGCCCAACAAGAGGACAGCGGGAGGUACAUGUGCAGAGCAAAUAACCCACUGGGAGAAGCUGUCCAUUACUUUACAGUGACAGUUGAAGGGCCUCCAGAGUGGGAGUCGGAGCCACAGAGCCAGCUCAGUAUGAUCGGCUCCCAUGUCCACAUCAAGUGCUCAACCCGCGGCGUCCCGGAGCCCACCAUCACCUGGAGGGUGAAUGGCCAGCUGCUGCAGGACUCCCCAGUGGCCAACAGGAAGAUGCACGGCGAUACCAUCUUUUUACAAAACGCCAAAGCCUCUGACAGCGCCGUCUAUCAGUGUGAGGCCUCCAACAGACACGGGACCCUUCUGUCCAACGCCAACAUCAUGAUCAUGAAUUUACAGCCUAUGAUUCUGACCAAUAACGGGGAGGACUACUCUGGAGUGGAGGGGAAGGGAAUCAUGAUGCACUGUAAGGUCUUCAGUUCUCCUCCUUCAGCAAUCACUUGGAGCAGAGAUGACUCCUCUGAGUCGGUGGCGGGGCCCCGGUUUACGCUUCAUGACAACGGUUCGCUGGAGAUUCACUCGGCAGAGAAAGGCGAUGCGGGACAGUACACCUGUUUGGCUAAAAACACGGAGGGAUCAUCCGCCAUCGACGCUGUGCUCUACAUAAAAGAUCCCACCAGAAUAGUGGUGGCCCCAAAGGACCUGCAGAUCUUAAAAGGCAGCGCAGCCCAGCUCUCCUGCCUGGCAGAGUAUGACAAGUCCUUCAGCAAUGACUUUGAGCUCCUAUGGGAGAAAGAUAACAUACAGAUAGCGCUCAACUACACAGUUAAUCCCAGAUACAUCAUGGAGGACGACUAUCUUAACAUCAGCGACAUUAGCCAUGGAGAUCAGGGUGUGUACAGUUGUGUGGCGAAGACUCCGCUGGACAGAGACACAGCUUCAGCCUUCCUCAUGGUGUUAGAUGUCCCUGUCGCUCCAGAGAACUUGGUUUUAUCUGAGUACAAGAGUAAAAGUGUAAAGCUGGAGUGGAUCCCCAGGGAUGACCACAACAGCUCCCCUACUGAGUUCGUCAUUGAGUUUGAGGAAAACAAGUGGGAGCCAGGAAACUGGAAGGAGCUGCUCCGAGUCCCUGGGAACCACAACUCUGCCAUUCUCAGGCUCCACGGUCACGUUGAGUAUCGCUUCCGUGUUUACGCCAUCAGCGCCAUCGGAGCUGGGUUGCCCAGCGAACCCACAGAGAGAUACAAGACCCCCCCGUCAGCCCCUGACAAGAACCCAGAAAAUAUCAAAAUCGAAGGUCAUUUGCCACAUGAAAUGAAUAUCAACUGGGAGCCGCUGCUGCCCAUCGAGCACAACGGCCCUGGCCUGGAGUACAAGGUGAGCUACAGGCGGCAAGACGGGCAGGAGGAGUGGACGGAGCACACCGUGAAGAGGCACUCGUUUGUGGUGCGGAACACUCCCACCUUCGUUCCCUACGAGGUGAAGAUCCAGGCCAGGAACAACCAGGGCUGGGGGCCUGAGCCCAGAAUUGUGAGCGGAUACUCAGGAGAGGACUUUCCCUCUGCUGCACCUGAUGACGUAGCUGUGGAGGUGAUGAACAGCUCAGCCGUCAGAGUGACCUGGACACGCGUCCACAAGGACAAGCUCCAUGGACAUCUGGGAGGCUACAGGAUAAACUGGUGGCGCCUGCGCAGCCUGGUGGACUCGAAGAAAAGCCACGGAGACAAACAGUCUCUGGCGUUCCCCGGGGAUCGAACCCACGCCACCGUGCCGGGCCUGACACCCUUCUCUGAGUACAGCCUCAUUGUCAUGACCUUCAACGGGCGAGGCAACGGUCCGGGCAGCCAUCCGUUCAACUUCAGAACCCCAGAGGGAGUCCCAGAGAAAAACCCAGUUUUGAGGGUCACAGAUGUAAAGAGGAACUCUGUGUCUCUGGCCUGGGCCCCUCCUUUGGAGCCCAAUGGGAUUCUAACAGGAUAUCUGCUGGAGUACCAGCUCAUUAACGACACAGAGGAAGUUGGGCCUCUGCAGGCUGUGAACAUCAGCAACCCUAACACCACCAAGUGGAUCCUGCAUGAAUUAGAGCCUCUGACCAAAUACAAGUUGUAUCUUCGCUCCUGCACUGCGGUUGGCUGUGGGCCCGUUGUCAGCGAGGAGAGCACCACCGCCCUGGAAACAACUUCUUCUUUGGCUCCUACUGUUGGCAUCAGAAAGUCUCUGUCAACUCCGACCACUCCAAGGUCACAUGUGACCAAACCCACUCGUCCCAACAUAGGCCUGGCCAGCGUCCACGGAGGAAUCUCCACCCAGGGCUGGUUUAUUGGCCUCAUGUCUGCCAUCGCUCUGCUCACACUCAUCGUGUUGAUUGCCUGCUUUGUCAACAGAAAUAAAGGAGGAAAGUAUUCCGUGAAAGAAAAAGAAGACCUUCAUCCAGACGUGGAGUCCCAGGGCAUGAAUGAUGACACAUUCUGUGAAUACAGCGACAACGACGAGAAGCCGCUGAAGAGCAGCCAUUGCUCCCUCAGCAGGGAGAUCAAGGCAGCGGACAGCGGGGACAGCCUGGUGGACUACGGCGACGAGGACGUUCAGUUCAACGAAGAUGGCUCGUUCAUCGGUGAGUACGGGAGCCGCAAGGAGAAGAGGGUGGCGGCCGAGAUCAAAGCCUCCACUCAGACCCCAGCGUGAGGAACAGAACGCCCAGCCAGCAUCACUCUACCCACAUGGAACCAACAAACCCAGGAGGACAGAGACGUUAUGAAAGACUGCCGAACAUUUUGUGUCAAAACGUAACGAGUUAUUGCCAACUGCACACUGCCAUUCUCUAAAGCUCUGUUCCUUCACACUGCAAAACGAGUAUUACUAAAUACCAUGUAUAUAUAGUGUAUAUUGUAUGUGUUGAGUGUUCCUUUUUUUUUAUAAUUAUCACAACAACUUUAGAGGUCGUGAUUUGUUUUGUAUUAUUUUCUCUUCAUAUUGGUGUUUUCAGCUGCACUCUGGUUUGUAUAAAUGGUGAACUCUCACAUGGCGCUCUGUCAUUACAUGAACCACUGAUGUUACUGUGUUGCAGGACACAGGCGAUGGGGGAGAAGUUGAUAUUUUUUCAGAUGAGCAAUUAUUACUGACCUUUUUAUAUCUGAAACAAUUCAUUAAAGUUGAUGUAAGAUGUGUAUGAAAGUUUGCCUAUUAACUUAUUUUUCUCAGUGGUUUACACCUGACAAAAUAAAGAGGAAAUCUACAUAUCACUGCAUCACCGUAGCUAUACUAAGA